UAUAUCUGAAAUUAUGGCAACAAUAACGAUAUUUUUUUUACAUGUCCAUACAAAUAUGCAAAUAAAUGCCAAAAAUAUUUUUUUAAAAAAUAUUUGACAAAAUUCGUAAAAAAUAUUUAAAGAUCAACGAACAAAUGUAUUAAGUUCCAAAUUUUUACAUAGCAUUUAUAUUUAAAAAAGAACCCAAGAAAAGAUACAAAAAUAGUACAGAAAACGAAAAUACUUCCUUAAAUAUAUUGCAAUUGUUUAAUCAUCUUAUUAACAAAGUAAAAUAAAUUAUUCUCUCUUUCUUUUUCUCUCGCUCUUUAUUUGUAGUUGACAUCACUUAUAACUUUAAGAUGUACUACUGAUCUUGUCGCCAAGGUUGUGUCUUCCGCAUCUUUUUUUACAGUUUACUUGAUAACCUACAAUUCAUUCUGUGUUAACAUGAAAAGUGCAAAAAAUUUGAUGAUACAAUGUCAACGUGUAUUCGACGAAUUAAAAGAUGAGAAAGAACUAGCGAUUAUACAAAAAUAUGGCUACAAUACAAAAUUAUACCCAAUUGUACUUACGGUAAUGGGAACUUGUUCAUCAAUUGUUAUUAUUGUCUUUCAAUAUUGGACAAAUAUGUUUGAUAUUGCUUUAUCAGUAAAUGUAUCUCAACCACGUCGAAUACAAUUUGUAAUGGAAUACUUUCUCGAUCAAGAAAAAUAUUUCUUUUUAAGUGUGUUACACAUAAAUGUAGCAUUUUGCAUUGGAAUUGUUGCAGUCAUAGCAGUAGGAACAUUGCUUCUUGGAUAUCUUAAUUUUAUUUUUGGAAUGUUCAGAAUUUCCAGUUAUCGUAUUAGACGCGUAGUAGAGAUCAAUAUUCCGCAAAACUUUGUCUUCAAAAAAAAAUUUUUUAAAUGCGAGAGUUUAAAAUGCGCUAUAGAUAUUCAUCGAAAGGCAAUGAGAUUAUCUAGAUAUUUGGUAAUCACAUUUGAGAUAAUGUUCCUCAGCUUAACAGCAAUUUUUAUGAUUUCCUUGAGUUCCAGUUUUCUUCGCAUUUUUCAGAUUGUUUCGUCCAGAGAACCUAUUGAAGAAAUUAUCAUUCCUAUUUUUUUUGUAACUACAGAUAUUAUUUACUUAUUUAUAUGCAACUUUUUUGGACAAAAUAUCAUAGAUCACAAUAAUCACGUUUUUACUACUGCGUACAACAUUAAAUGGUAUGUAGCUCCGUUGCAUAUCCAAAGAAUGAUACUCUUCUUUAUGUUAAAUAACGCCAAAGAUUUUACUAUAAUUGUUGGCGGAAUAUUUGUUGCAUCCAUCGAAAACUUUGCUAUGUUGGUGAAAGCUGCCAUAUCUUAUUUUACUGUUGUAUUAUCGAUGCUAUAAUACAUAUGAAUCAGAUAUAAAUGUGGAAAUAUAUACUUUAAGAAGAAUACAAGUAUAUGCCUGUCACACGUAGAAAGUAGAAAAUUUUAUUUCCUAAUUAUAUAUAAUUUAUCUAAAAGUUUUAAAGACACAAUAAAAUAAAAUUAUUCAAUUCAA